AUGUCCGGAACUGUACUCGUAACCGGAGCGUCUGGAUUCAUAGCACAGCACAUUGUAAAAUUGCUUAUUUCCAAGAACUACAACGUGGUGGGUACUGUGAGGCUGGAUGCAAAAGGCGAGAAACUCCGCAAGAAUACCAGUGGCGGCCCUGGGACAUUUACAUACACCAUUGUUCCCGACAUCGCUGCCAAUGGUGCAUUUGACAAUGUGUUCGAGGCUUACCCAGAGAUAUCCGUGGUACUCCACACAGCCUCGCCGUGUUUCUACGAGACCACGAACCCUAAAAAUGACUUGAUUAUACCUGCCAUGGAGGGUACUAAGAACAUAAUGUCUACGAUAGCAAAGACUGCAAAAGCAGGGAGAAGUAAGAUCAGACGCGUGGUGGUCACAUCCAGUGAUGCUGCGAUAUACUCGCCUGACGACGAGCAAAAUCCAGAGCUCUUUUUUGACGAGUCAUGCUGGAAUAACAUGUCGCUCGAAGAAGCAGAGAGAGACCCCGUGAAUGCUUACUAUGGGUCCAAGGCGUUUGCCGAGAAAAUUGCCUGGGAGUUUGCUGCACAGCCUGGGUUCCCUCCCUUAUCGACGGUGAACCCGGUGUAUGUUUUCGGGCCCCAGGCAUACGACAAUGAAGUUGCGGAAAAACUCAACAUGUCGAACGAAGUGAUUAAUGCACUCCUCAAAACCGGGCCUCAUGGCUCAUUUAGCAACGAUAAGGCUGGGUUUAUUGAUGUGCGCGAUGUGGCCCGGGCACAUUUGGCGGCCUUUGAACAAGAAGCUACGGUUGGGAAACGUCUCUACAUGAGCAACGGCCAAUUUUCCGUCCAAAUGAUGCUCGACGUGAUUCACGAAAAGUUCCGGAGCUUGCGAGACAGGGUUCCUGUCGGAAAGCCGGGAACGGGACCCAUGGAUAUCUUGGCCUUGGCAAGAACCAACAACGACGCUACACGUAAAUUGUUGGGAUUUGAAUUUACUCCGUUGAGCACGUGUAUCGAGGAAGUCGUGCAGCAGAUUCUCCAGUACCAGCAGAAGCAGAAAUUGUGA